UCAUGGUGGAAUGCGAUGUAAACAAUCAGCGUAAUGAAAUUGAAUCUCUCUGCAAAGCUAAACAUUGAAUGUAUAAUAUGACUAUUUUUAUCAAAAUAUGAUCUACUUUGUAUAUAAAUAAAAUAAUGGUUAAACAAACAAUACAGAUAUUCGCUCGCGUGAAGCCAACGAAAACAAAUAAAACUGGGGUGUACAAUGUUGAAACAGAGGAAGAUGGUCAAUGUUCACUGCAAGUGGUUGUUCCAAAAGAACUAGCAUCUGGAUUUGUUAACAACAAAAAAGAAAACUACAGAUUUAGAUUUAGCAAAGUUUUUGACCAGAAGUCAACACAAGAUGAAGUAUUUCUUCAUGUUGCACAGCCUGUCAUUGAUAAUGCAGUCCAGGGCUAUAAUGGAACAAUAUUUGCUUAUGGCCAGACAGGAAGUGGCAAAACUUUCACUAUCACAGGUGGUGCGGAACGUUUUAUUGAUAGAGGCAUUAUCCCACGCUCGCUGUCUUAUAUCUUUGAUACUAUUGAAAAGCACCCAGAAAAAACAUUCACCGUUCACAUUUCUUAUCUUGAAAUUUACAAUGAUAAUGGAUAUGACCUUCUUGACCCUAAACAUGAAGCCACAAAACUGGAAGAUUUACAGAAAGUAACUCUGCUAGAAGACUCAGACCAAAACAUCCACUUGAAGAAUUUAACAGUACAUCAGGCUGCUACAGAGGAGGAUGCGUUAAAUCUUUUAUUUAUGGGCGACACCAACAGAAUGAUUGCCGAGACCCCGAUGAAUCAAGCGUCAUCUCGAUCUCACUGCAUUUUUACUGUUCAUUUAACAUGUAAAGAAGAAGGAUCAGCUACUAUAUGUCGCUCAAAGCUUCAUUUAGUCGACUUGGCUGGGUCAGAGAGAGUAUCUAAGACAGGAGUGAAUGGGACAUUACUGACUGAGGCCAAAUACAUUAAUUUGUCACUCCACUACUUGGAGCAGGUAAUAAUAGCCCUGUCUGAGAAAAAUCGUCAACAUGUUCCAUAUCGUAACUCCAUGAUGACAUCUGUAUUGAGGGACAGUCUAGGGGGAAACUGUAUGACUACAAUGAUAGCCACUUGCUCCUUAGAGAAAAGUAAUAUUGAUGAGUCAAUUUCUACAUGUCGCUUUGCUCAGAGGGUGGCUAUGAUAAGAAAUGAUGUGACCCUCAAUGAGGAGCUUGACCCUCACCUGCUGAUAGCCAAACUGAAGAGAGAAAAUGCUGAGUUGCGUGACCAGCUAGCCCUGGCCACUGGCGUACAGCUGUCAGAGGAGCUGACACAGGAGGAUAUGGACAGAUGUGAAUAUGCGGUUAAAACCUACUUGGAAGACCCAGACCCUGAAUGUAUUCUUUCAGUUGGACAUGACCUAAGAAAAAUACACAAGUGUUUUAGAAUCCUAAAGAGAUACUUUCUAGAGAAACCUAAAGCUGUGGUUCAGUCCCCUUAUCCUCCAUUAACAAGGGAGGAAACCCAACCAGAUGUAGGGCCAUACAGGGAUGCUGAGACAACCAAGUUAAAAGAAUUGAUAGAACAGCGGGACAAUGAAAUCAAUAUUCUUGUUGGAAUGCUGAAGAAAGAAAGGCAAAGGGCAGCUGAUGGUCAAGUCAAAGAUGUAAGGCCAACAACUCUGUCCUCACCAUACAGUGUCAACCAUAGGAGCACAAAUGGAAAUCAUGACAAGAGGGAGAUAACCAGUCAUACUAGUGAUGAGGAAAAUAGUUUAAAACUGAGUCGUCAGAAAACAUAUGAUGUACAAAGACAUUCAUCCCUUACACAGGAAAAAGAUGACAAACUUAAAACUAAAAUAUUAGGUAACAUGUCUCUUGGAAGACAAGAAGCGUUUGACAUUUUCAUGAGAGACUACAGCGAAAGGGACAAAAUUGACAGCAACAAACAGCUGUUGAAACAACGCUAUGUGGAAGCCAAGGCCCUGGGGGAGAAACUCAACAGAUCUAAGCAGAAAAUGAAUCAUUUAAAAAACUCACUGGCCCAGUACAGAAUGCAUGCAAACAUGGAAGGGAGUGUAGCCACAGAAGAAGAAAGUGAGAUGGAGAAAGAAAUCAAAAUACAAAUGGAAGGGGAGAAGAAUGUCUAUAAAAGUACAUUCACUUCUCUGCGAAGCAUGAAGACAGAGAUUGAGCAUCUUCAGCACUUUUUAGAGAAGUCAAAGGUCAAAUUGAUGAAGGAGUUUGAGCUGUGGUGGGCAGAACAAACAUUACACAAUCAACAGCAGGCUGUACCAGACAAACUUCCGCCAUCAACAGGAGGUCGUAAGGUCAUGUCUGCCUGGAAGACGCCACCAGUUACUCCCCCUGUCUCAACAAACCAAACAGCCCCAACAUCUCAGAGACCUUUAUCCAGGAACUUGUUUUCUACCGGGUCAGAGCUGGAGCUUAAUAGUAACUCGAGCUCAUCAAGGAAAUCAUCAUCUGGUUCUACUAUUGGAGCUUUCACAUUGACAGGGGACAGCAAGGUGGAUGCUGACAUUCAAGCCUUUGUCAAAGCUAGACAGACCAUUCUACAGAAAAUCAAUUCCAAUCAGAGGUGACACUAGAACUCUCCUGCAUGCCUCCCAGUCUGCUGAUUUUAUGACAAAAAUGUGCCAGGUACAAGAAGGAAGUUCAUUUCAAUCCACUUUGGUGCUGCCAUUUUGAUAAAAAAGAU